UUCAUCCGGAUUUGAAUUGGAUCGUGACAUUCACCUCCUUCCUUGAGGAAACGAGUAGUGCCUAGCGUCUGAACUUCGCUAGAAAUUUGGGAAGGAAGCCGACUUGAUAAUUUAAUUUAAUUCAUCUUUCGAUCUCGUUUCUACCGAAAGAAUUCUUUCAAGAAACAACACCGACAAAAUUGCAAAUUUUUUGCGACCAUCCCAAGAUCUCACUCUUCUGUACCACAACCCUCACUUUAUACCACUGGUCGGUCCUCCUCGACUCGAAAUCUCGAACAGUUCCCCGUCAACAUGUCUGCCCACGUUGACAACAAGGCUGCCGAGGCUGGAGUCUCUCAAGCUGCCGUUGAACCUGAGCACGAUGAGAAUGGCGAGCUCGUGUUGCCUCCUGGCUGGCUCUAUCGUCGAUUCCAGAUCGGUAAUUGGCUUACACCAUGGUAUGCUUCUCCAAAGGUCCAAUUGAUCAUUGUCUCUUUCGUCUGCUUCCUGUGCCCUGGUAUGUUCAACGCUCUGGGUGGUUUGGGAGGUGGUGGAAAGACUGAUGCUACUUUGGCUGAUGACAUGAACACUGCUCUCUACUCUACUUUUGCGGUCUUCGGUUUCCUGGGUGGCACUAUUGUCAACAAGUUGGGUGUCAAGGUUACUCUCGGUUUCGGUGGUCUUGGCUACUGCAUCUACGCUAUCUCCCUCCUGGUUUCCGUUCACCACGACGUCUUCGCUUUCAACAUCAUCGCUGGUGCUCUCCUUGGCCUUUGCGCUGCUCUCCUCUGGACUGCCCAAGGUACUAUCAUGGUUUCUUAUCCCAAGGAAGCUGAUAAGGGAAAAUAUUUUGCCAUUUUCUGGGCUAUCUUCAAUAUGGGUGCCGUCAUUGGAUCUCUGAUUCCUCUUGGCCAGAAUUUCCACGUCAAGACCAACGUCACAGUUUCCGAUGGAACUUAUAUCGGCUUCAUCGUCCUGAUGGCUCUUGGUGCAGUCUGUGCCAUGUUCAUCGCCUCUGCUCGUGAAGUGGUCCGUACAGAUGGAACCAAGGUUGUCCUAAUGAAGAACCCCACUUGGUGGUCCGAGAUCUAUGGCCUUUAUGAGUCGCUUAAAUUCGAGCCCACUGUCAUUCUUCUCUUCCCCAUGUUCUGGUCUUCCAAUUGGUUCUACACCUACCAGCAAAACGCUGUCAAUGGCGCUCACUUCGAUACUCGCACCAAGGCUCUGAACUCAUGUCUCUACUACCUAGCACAGAUCUUUGGUGCUAUGGCUCUUGGUUACGCUCUUGACUACACCAAUUUCCGUCGUUCUCUUCGUGGAAAGAUCGCAUGGGGCUUCCUCAUGGCCAUGACCCUGGUUAUCUAUGGAGGUGGAUAUGCUUUCCAAAAGCAAUAUACUCGUGCCGACACUUCCGCUGAUGACUGGUCCUCUUCUAAUUACGUCGGUCCCAUGUUCCUCUACAUCUUCUACGGCAUGUUUGAUUCCUUCUGGCAAUGCACAGUCUACUGGUAUAUGGGAGCCCUCUCCAACUCCGGUCGUCGCACAGCCAAUUACGUCGGUUUCUACAAGGGUCUCCAAUCCGCUGGUGCAGCCGUCAUGUGGUCACUCGACUCCAGAAAGAUCAGCUUCAUGAGUGAAUUCGCCUCUAAUUGGGCUAUCCUCGGUGCUUCUCUCAUAGUCGCAGCACCAGUCGUCCUAUUCAAGAUCUCCGACCACAACCGCAUCGAAGAUGAUUUGAGGGGCACAGACGAGACUCUCGCGGAUGUCGUUCCAGCCGCUGCUCUCGCCGACAAGCACGCUCUUGAACAUGCUUCUCAAGAGGGCGAAGUUGUUUAAUCUCGUUUCGCUUUUGCGUUUGUUCUGCGCAGGGAACUGAGAGGAGAGCAUAUUCUGGGGGUUGCUAUUGAUGACACCAGCAUUUGUUUCUUGCUUCUGGCAUUUGCAUUGCUCGGUGAUUCGUGGGCGGAUUGCUUUAUUACAUGGAUGACAAUGACAUUAUGAAACAAGGCUUUGACCGAAAGAUAAAGAUACCAUAGCUUGGACAGCAGUUAAUAGAUUGCUUGUCUAGGUACAUAUUUUGUUCUUUGCUUGUUGAUUAUGGAUCGACUGUGAAUUCACAUUCCUCCGAUAGCCAAUAUCAACCUCCCUCCCAUUCACUGCCCGUCUCAUCCAUUUAUAGUCUACAGCCGAAAACAUACAUCAUCCCAAAGUUUGCCAAGUAACCCAGCUUCCGGC